AUGCGAAAUGUGGACGCCCCUCAGGACCUGGCAGCCAGUAACAUCCAGACUGAGAACGGCUUGCUGACCUGGAAGCCUCGCGCUGACAUCACAGGAUACAUCCUCAGCUUCGAGUCUGCAGACGGCAUGGUCCGGGAGGUGGUCCUGAGUCCCAAUGCUGUCUCCUAUAACAUGGCGCAGCUCAGCGCAUCCACAGAGUACUCAGUCAAGCUGCAGGCCAUCGCAGGUCCAAAGAGAAGCAGAGUCAUCACGACUGUCUUCACCACCACUGGUGUGCUCUACAGAUUCCCUAAGGACUGCUCCCAGGCCCUGCUGAACGGCGACACCACAUCAGACUUGUACACCAUCUAUCUGGGUGGAGAUGAGAGCCAGCCAAUCCAAGUGUACUGCGAUAUGACCACUGAUGGAGGUGGAUGGAUCAUUUUCCUCAGACGCCAGAGUGGUAGACUGGAGUUUUUCCGCAACUGGAAGAAUUACACCGCUGGCUUUGGUGACAUGAAUGAUGAAUUCUGGCUGGGUCUGUCCAACCUGCAUAAGAUAACAGCUGGAGGUCAGUAUGAGCUGCGAGUAGACCUCAGAGAUAAGGGAGAAACAGCCUACGCUCAGUAUGACAAGUUCUCCAUCUCUGAACCUCGGACACGCUACAAGGUCCAUGUAGGAGGAUACAGUGGAUCAGCAGGCGACUCCAUGACCUACCAUCACGGCCGUCCGUUCUCCACGUAUGACCACGACAACGACAUCGCCGUCACCAACUGUGCCCUGUCCUAUAAGGGAGCUUUCUGGUAUAAAAACUGCCACCGUGUCAACCUCAUGGGACGAUAUGGAGAUAACAGUCACAGCAAGGGUGUGAACUGGUUCCACUGGAAAGGCCACGAGCACUCGAUCGAGUUCGCUGAGAUGAAGAUCAGGCCAUCCAACUUCAGAAACCUGGAGGGCAGGAGGAAACGAUCAUAAACGAGCCACCAUCUCCAACAGGAACAGCAAGAUGAAGAAGAAGAAGAAGAACAACAGUGCUACUACUCUGUCCGGACUCCCCAGAAACCACCUCGACUCCAACACCCACACACCCUGCAGCGACCAAAGCCUCUGCCAAGAGCCCUAACACACCUUCCCUCUUUCUAUUUGCUCUCAGAUCAGCGUCAACUCCAUGAGCCCCCCCGCCCCCCACCCCCUCCCCCCGUGAUCCGGUUGUGGAAAUGCUUCCAGUGCGUAAAUGAAACGACGUGCAUGUUACAAACUGGACUUAAAUCAAGCCCACACAGAUUCUACACACGCACCAAAGAGAGCAAAUCCAUCUCACCUGAUUCUGAUUCUGUCUCUCAUGUUGCAGCAUCUGUGGGGAGGAGAAUGUGCAGCUUGGGUCUUUUGUUGUGUACAGUAAUUAAUACAGUUCCCUAUUUCACGCCACGUUUGGGGUUUCACAGAAUGGACAGGCUGUUUGAAGAACAACGUGGUCUUGUUUAGGUUCAGGGCCUCUUUGCUGGAGCAGAUAACACAGUGAUAUUUCAACUGGAUUGUCAUAGAAAUUCUAUUCCUUGUACAGUACUGUACAUGUAUCUGAAUUAAAGAUUGGAAAAAAGGGAAACUCCUUAGAUGGCACUGCUCAGAUGACAGAUUUCUCCAUCUAACUUGCCAUUUCUUUGUCUUUGUGCAACUUUACUCGUCUAAGUGUCACUUUAUCCUCCCCGGGUUUCCUCCCCAUCCUGCAGAACAAGCCAACAACAACAGCAACAAAAAACAAUCUUGUAUGAAAACGUCUUUUAACCUGCCACAUCCCAUGUCAAAGUAGAUGGGAAAUGUUUCCAUUUAUUAUGUGAGUGCAUGAAUGCAUCACGCUCGAGCCACAGUAUUGUGUUUUUAAAAGAAAAAAAAAAUCUGAAGAAGAUCAAAGACAAGCUUCACUUUAUUUUGUUUCUCUUCUGAAUCCAAGGCGGGGCCUGUUUUUAAGUAUUUCAUGAAAAUGUUGGAUCACAUCGCUCUCCUUUUCUCUUUGCAAAAUGUGAAUACAGUGCAUAUAUAUGUGGAGCACGAGAAUGCUAUGUGUUGUCGACACUCAAGAUGUUCAUGAUCGAUACAUGAAAAAGAAAAAAAGGUCAAUUUGAAAUUUGAACUCCAUUCGACAUUGUGAGGUCUCUAUGCUUAUGUUGAUGAUCGUGUUUGAACGGGCCAAAUCUAGAGAACUAGUUACUGUUGUACCCUCCCCAACCCAACCCCAAC